AUGCCUUCAAUGAUCCUGGCAACGGACCCUCUAAGCGUAUCGUGGAAUAUUCUUAGUCUGUUCGCAGCUGGAGAAAAGGAACGGCCAAUUUACUGUAUAAUUAAACAAGCCACCAUACCAGGUGAUCGUACUUUACCAGAUGAAGGCAGUGAGCCACAGGGUGAUCCGAGAAUCGGAUACGCCUAUAACAGAUUCGGAUACUCGAAAUCCAACAUGACUGAGAGACAAGCGCAGGGAGUCCAAGGACUGCCGGCCCUCAUGUCGCAUACAACCGUCGUUAAAACCAUCAUGGCUCUGAUUAUUAUUGCUCUCCAUAUGCACAGUAGCCAGCUUCUUCCUGGUGCUCCCUCAGCCCGUCACUGCCUAUCUAGAACUGAGAUUCGAGUCAUUGCCGGAAAUCGCAUGAUCAAGGCCAGCAAAAAGCAAAAAAAAAACAAACUGGUCAUCUCGCACUCCGACCUGUCCCAAUUGCCACUGUCGCCACUGCCACUGCCACCGAGGACCGGGGGCUAA